AGUCGUCUGCGGUCAGCUAUCGUUCCAAACAUCUCUCGAUCUGCGGUCAGCUAUUGUCCCAAACAUCUCUCUCUCGAGUGAAAUGGUAGAGAGUUAGUAGUGUCAGGCAUACGAAAUAUAUGUAUAAGUGGUAAUGCUCAUUGCCGCUAGUUGUUUUUUUGCUGUUGAAUUGUAUAUCGGUACGCCUUCGCUCUGUCUACAACGCAUAAAUCGUCCGUCGCAGUCAUUGUUUCGAUGUGUAUGUUAGCUCGCUACGUUUUUACGCAAUAUCCGUGCGAUGAAUCGUCUGUCUCGCAUCUUGAGUCGAAUGGUAUAAAUUCAGUGGUAGGUGUGCGAGAUUUCGUAUAAGACUUUUCUAGCUUGCGACGUUGCACGUAUGUGCGAAGUGUGUGUGAAAAAAAACCAUGGAGCAACUGUAUGGUUUGAUGCUGAUGACUGACACCGUCACCCGUGAAGUGAAUGAAUUCGCGAAAACAUUGGAUACUCUAGCGGCGACCGUGCGAAAUAUGUAUACUGAUCUGGACAACCUGAAGAAGAGUCUUCCAACGUUUGUAACGAUGAACGUUAAUUUGCUCGUGCACGAGAAAUCGCUAUAUACAUUAAAAGACAUUCGGAGCUUCGUACAGGAUAUGUCUACUCCCGUGGACGAUUACGCAAAUAAAUUGAAUGAGGUAUACGCGGAGCUGCAUGCUUCGAUAAGGGUGUCGGAAAUCAAUCAGAGCAGAAAUCAAAGACAAAAUAUGACGUCCGACGAAAGUAAAGCACAGACGCAGACGCAGACGCAGACGCAGAUUGUGGCGAUGCAUCUAGGGACGCAGGGAGAGAGAGAGACAUAUUUUGGUAUUCCACGAUAGU